CGGCUUCGAACAUCCAAAGCGCCAUAGCAAACGCUCGCUCUCUCCACUAUUAAAUUCUCUUUGACCGCUUCCAUUCCCUCCAGAGUUCUUGUCGGGGGUUUCUUCCCGAGCAAGCAUCUCUCUCGGUCUCUCUUCCGAGCCGGAAUUCCCUGUUUUGUUCAUCUCUCCGGGACGUCUCGUUCUCUGUCUCUUCUUCUGUCGUCGUCAUCUUCUUCGAUCCUCGGGGGCGAAGGGAUCCAGGGCUUCGGCGAUCGGGAUGGCGUCGAAGGACCAGAAAGGCUUCUUCGCCUCGAUCGCGUCCAGCAUCUCGAAUUUCGGCAGUGCGAUGCACAAAUCCGUCAACGGGUUGCUUGGGUACGAAGGUCUAGAAGUUAUAAAUCCUGAAGGCGGUACUGAAGAUGCAGAGGAGGAAGCUCAGAGAGGGAGAUGGAAACAAGAGGAACGAGAUGGCUACUGGAAGAUGAUGCAAAAAUAUAUUGGUUCAGAUGUUACGUCAAUGGUAACACUUCCAGUUAUCAUCUUUGAGCCAAUGACCAUGCUUCAGAAAAUGGCAGAGUUAAUGGAAUAUUCCAGCUUGUUAGAUCAUGCAGAUGAAUGUGAAGACCCUUACAUGCGACUGGUCUAUGCUUCAUCAUGGGCAAUUUCUGUAUACUUUGCAUAUCAACGAACGUGGAAGCCUUUCAACCCCAUCCUUGGAGAGACUUAUGAGAUGGUUAAUCAUGGCGGAAUUACAUUUUUGGCAGAGCAGGUAAGUCAUCAUCCUCCCAUGAGUGCUGGCCAUGCUGAAAAUGAACAUUUCACAUAUGAUGUAACAUCCAAGCUGAAAACGAAAUUCCUUGGGAACUCAGUAGAUGUUUACCCUGUUGGAAGAACACGUGUAUCUCUAAAAAAGGCAGGAGUUAUUCUAGAUCUGGUGCCCCCUCCAACGAAAGUUAACAAUCUCAUAUUUGGGCGCACUUGGGUCGAUUCUCCGGGAGAGAUGAUCAUGACAAACUUAACCACUGGGGACAAAGCUGUGCUUUAUUUUCAACCAUGCGGCUGGUUUGGAGCUGGUCGCUAUGAAGUGGAUGGGUAUGUUUAUAAUUCUGAGGAGGAACCUAAAAUUUUGAUGACUGGGAAAUGGAAUGAAUCCAUGAGUUAUCAGCCUUGUGACCUAGAAGGGGAGCCUCUUCCUAGCACAGAACUGAAAGAGGUAUGGAGGGUUGCAGAUGUGCCGGAGAACGACAAAUUUCAGUACACAUAUUUUGCACACAGGAUUAAUAGCUUUGACACUGCUCCGAAGAAUUUGCUUGCAUCAGACUCUCGAUUGCGUCCUGAUAGAUAUGCUCUUGAAAUGGGUGAUUUGUCAAAAUCUGGUUCAGAGAAGAGCAGUUUGGAAGAUAGGCAGAGAGCUGAAAAGAGGAAGAGAGAGGCUAACGGUGACAAAUUUACGCCAAAAUGGUUCAAUGUAGCCGGAGAAGUUACUCAGACCCCUUGGGGAGAGCUAGAAAUUUAUGAAUACAACGGGAAGUACACAGAACAUCGGGCUGCAGUUGAGAACUCAAGCAGCACUGUUGAAGUUGAUGUCAAGUCGAUAGACUUCAACCCAUGGCAGUACGAUAGUUUGUGCGCUUGACCGAUGCAUUUGUUAUUUCGUUUGUACGUCUUUUAAAUUUUUCCUCGCACCUGUUGGUCUUCAUUUUUUUUCCUUAUAUUUUUUUGGGUUGUUGGCAUAUGUUUGUCGAUGACAUUUUUAGAUGUUGAAAUAUGUAGAUGAAAUUGAGCUCCUAUUUAUAUAUCAAUCACUUUUAGGUCC